AAAGAAAUGACCUAACUGAACUAAGGACACUUGAUCUGAGUUUCAAUAAUAUUAGUUCUAUGCCUGUUGGUUUGCUGGAAAGAACUCCGCACGUCCAGGAGCUUUACCUCAUCGGCUUGUCUCUGACCCGGCUAAUGAUUCCAGACAAGAUUCGCCUUAAGGAUCUGCUUAUGCUGGACGCUAGAAUGAAUCAUCUAGAUGUUGUGGGCUUUCAGAG